UACUUCCUGUUUUUAGCCAUGCUCGCGGUUUACCGCUUUUAGCUGCAUGAUGAACAUUUGCAAUAACCUUAAGCCUCUGGCUCGGCUCUCUUUGUUAUGUUCUAGUCGCAUUUUGCCAAAGACGAGGUUUCACAAUUACUGGACAGCCCCAAAGAAAUGUAACGGUUGCCAAACUGCCCUGUGGAAACUACCUCCAGUGCAUUUGUUAGGACACGGAGUGUCUCUGGUGUACCCCUUUAGAGGCUUUUCAGACAGUGAUUUAAACCAUUUGUCCACAACUGAUCCGACAAGUGACUCCAGUGACAACUAUACCAGGGAUGAAGGAUCCCCUCGGGAUUUCUCUCUUGACGUACUAGUGGCUCUUCUGAAGCAGGAAAAUGCACUGGACUUGUGUGUCAUCAAAGUCCCAGAGCAGAUCAAUUAUGCACACUACUUAAUUGUUGUCAGUGGCUACUCAACAAGACACCUCAAGGCUAUGGCGCUUUAUGCUAUCAAAGUGUAUAAAUAUUUGAAGAAAAAACAUCAACCGGAUGUCAAAAUUGAAGGAAAAGACACAGAGGACUGGAUGUGUAUAGACUUUGGUAAUAUGGUGGUUCAUUUCAUGCUGCCAGAGUCCAGGGAGGUUUAUGAACUGGAAAAGUUAUGGACGCUCCGCAGCUACGAUGAACAACUGAGGAACAUGCCUGUAGAGAAAUUACCAGAAGAUUUUAUUUAUGAUCUUGAAGUUACAAAGUGACUCGAAUUAUAAAAAAAACAAAACACAGUUGCUUUUCUAUAGUUUGUGAAAAUCUUAAAUUAUUGAGCAUUAUCUUUAAAUAAAUUACAA